AUGCCCCACCCUCAGUAUCGAUGGUGGUGUGACUAUGCAGAGACAGGGACUGGGCCACAUGGUGUGAUCUGCGCCAGGUCGCUGGGCUCCGGCAGAGGGGAGAAUCAAUCGUCUCCUAAUUUUAAUCAGCACGUCAAAGACCACGCUCGGAACACGGACCAGCUGAGCCGCAGACAUAUCCGUAUCUACCAGCUCUACAGUCGCACCAGUGGCAAACACGUCCAGAUCCUUGGGAAGAGAAUCAAUGCAACUGCAGAAGAUGGCAGCAAAUAUGCUAAACUACUGGUGGAAACGGACACAUUUGACAGUCGAGUACGGAUUCGGGGAGCAGAGACAGGCCAUUAUAUCUGCAUGAACAGGAAAGGGAAACUCGUAGGAAAGCUGGUUGGCAAAGGCAAGGAUUGCAUUUUCACUGAAAUAUUGCUGGAAAAUAACUACACGGCACUGAGGAACACCAAGUAUGAAGGUUGGUACAUGGCCUUCACCAGGAAGGGGCAGCCCAGGAAAGCAACCAAGACCAGGCAAAACCAGCGGGAGGUCCACUUCAUGAAACGACUGUUCAAAGGGGAGCCGCUGUUUCCGAACCGAGACCGCCAAAGGCACUUUGAGUUUAUAAAUUACCCCGUCACCAAAAGGACUCGCAGGACACGCCUUCCCAAGCGCCAACGGACAUAG